AUGGAUGAAAAAAUGUUAAAAUCAGCGACUGUGAUAUUCGUUUUUAUAAGUCUAGUGAUUCCAUCAUCAACAUCACCAUUUAGUUACGAUUGGGCCGAACUAGAUCCGGAAGGUGAAAAUAACCAUAUCGAUAUACAUCGUGAGAAAUUCGAUCGUGAUCAUCCACCGAAUGGACCGUAUUUUGACUAUGACUAUUUUCGAAAUGAAACUGUCAUGGUCGGUGAUACAGCAUAUCUUAAGUGUCGUGUACAUAAUAUAGGAAAUAAGACAGUUUCAUGGGUGCGCCAUUUGGAUAUAAAUUUGUUAACAGUUGGUACGACAAUGUACACAUCAGAUGCUCGAUUCCAAAGUAUGCAUGAUGCUGAUACAGAAGAAUGGACAUUAAAGCUUAAAAAUGCACAGCUUAAAGAUACUGGGAUUUUUGAAUGUCAGAUAUCAUCUACACCUCCACGAGGCUAUCCAGUUUACCUUUCAGUCGUUGAGCCCAUAACACAAAUCUUGGGUGUACGAGAGGGUGACUUAACAGGUGAAAUUUUUAUAAAUAUGGGCUCAACAAUCAACCUCACGUGUAUUGUACGAAAUUUACCUGAGCCAUCAUCCAUACAUUGGACCCAUAAUGCUGAGGAAAUUUCAUAUGAUAGUCCACGUGGUGGAGUAUCAGUGAUUACAGAAAAGGGUGACAUAACGACAUCAUACUUGCUUAUUCAACGUGCCAGAUCGACAGACACUGGAGAGUAUAAAUGCAUUCCAUCUAAUGCCCAUCCUAAAACAGUACACGUUCAUAUUCUCAAAGGUGAACAUCCCGAAGCGAUGCAAUCACAUGCUGGUUUAAGCAUCAAACAAAAACAACCGAAAGCAACAAUUCAUUCACUCUUAUUAUAUCCGAUUCUCAUCUUGGCGCAGGUGAUAUCAGGAAGGUGA